AAACUUCAAUGUUUGCGCAAUCUUCAAAAUAUAUUCUAUGUCACUCUGCAUAAUAUAAGUCAUUUCUACUUAUUUUUCUGAAUGUAUGUUACUUAUAUCUUUAUUUAUUUAUUUUUUUAAAUCAAGUAAAUGUUAACGUUAACUUCAAUUAUAAUAUACAUCCUAUGUUCUUAAGUAGUUAAAAUUGAGAUUUGACAUUUAGGAUGUGAGGAAAUGAGGGAAAAUAAAAAUUAGGAGAUGGAGGUUGGGGCUAUUGCUGUUUUUGUUAACUUUUAUUUGGCAAAUCAUGGGGGGAAAAAUACAAUUUUGAAUGAAAAUCAGUUUCUGUAUGUGUUCUAGAAAUAACUGUGCCAAAACAGUUUUCUUUGCAUUUCAGUAGUUUUAGGAGGUUUGAACCCCCCACAAAAUAUAAAUAAAGAUGAAGCUAACCCUAACCCUAUUUCUGGCUCCGUGGCGACCUUCACGUCGGGGAGUUCCUGCAAGAAAUUCUAGCCACUUUCACCCCUGGGUAAGCGCCAAACUGCUCUUCAUUUCCUAGCGUGUAUUUCUUUAUUUAAUUUGAAACGGGGAUCGUUACUAAUGCCAAGUUUGACGGGAGGAUUAUCUUUGUGUAAACAUUGCUCAUCACGCCAGCAUUGGUCACUUUGCUCCCGUCAUUAUUCAGACACGACCAUCACCGGUUACAAGUGCUUUUGGCUUUCCUUGGUUUUACUAUUAAGACUCUGUCAAAGGUAUUUUCAAUGAGUGUAUUGAAACUAAAGGAACCUGCAAACUGUUCUCCGAAACGCAGCAUUUCAAUUUUAACAUUUAGUACGUGUUUGCGCCACAAGACGGCGGUCUUGACCUACCGAGUCUUAAAAGAGUGUUGUCGACUGGUGCGUUGUGCAAAAUUUCAGCCAAAACCUCAAACUUUGGGGAAAAUAUAUUUUCUACAAAUGGCCUUCUUUCUGUUGAUUUAGUGAUAUACACUCAUCCCCAAUGUUUUUUGGGGGGCUUUCCGACAAGCAAAGACGUGUGGUGUGCGCGUCCCGUUAUAAAGAUGGGACAGCAAUGACAUCAUAAAGGCGCGCCUUUGUAGUCCACGGCAUACGAUCAAAAACGAUUCUCAUUAAAAGUUACAAACGUGUUGUUAGUACAUAUAACAGUUUAACACCAUGAUGUUGAAUUGUCUAGUUAUACUCGUUAGACUGGUCCAUGAAGCGUUAAUCAUGACGUCACGGAUGUCGACUGCGUGACGCGGUCUUGAGCGUCACUCCAAUGAUGAAGAUGGGGAAGAUGAGACGCAGCAUCAAGUCGGCAGGACGAUGAGGAGGCAGCGGUGUCUUCAGCAGACCAGACUGCGUGCAUCUUGAGGAACCCUCAGAAACCCCGAAAAUGAACGGACUACGGCUGCCCCCCCUCAUUGAGGAAGUUCUGGACUCGUACGGCCAGCUGAAGGACGAUGUGUGUCAGAGGACACAAGAUGGAAAGUUGGCUGAGGAAGAGGAGGAGGAUGAAGAGGCGGGCGUGGAAGAACUGCGGCUCCGGAUGGUGGAGCUUCUGAUGGAGCUGGAGGAGACCCGGCAAGAUUCCUGCAGACAAGAGGAGAAUUUUCACGCAAUGAAGAGCAUGUUGGAAGACGAGCGAAUGGCCAAGGCCCAUCAGGCUGAAACAUUCACCAGGCAAUUGGAUGCUCUGAAAGGUACCGUCCACCAUUUCAUCAAUAUCUCAAGUCCUCACGCUGGAUUAGAGGGCCGCAGCGGCCUUCCGUGUUCGCGAUCGCCCCUUCCAGUCGAGUUGGCCCGUGUUCGGGGGGAGCUGGCGGCGGCCGAACGGGAGAAGCGGAGCGAUCUGGAGGAGGCCGAGAUGGCGCUGCGCCGGGCGGAAGAGACGGCACUCGCGCUACAGGAGGCCGGCGAAGAGGCGGCGGCCGAGAGCGAGAACGACAUCGCUUGCCUGCAAGAGGAGCUCUGUCGGCUCGGGGCCGGGAUUCAGCGCCUCCGGGACCGGGACGGCCAGCGCCGGGUCGAGAUCGGCGCCCUGAGGAUGGACAGUGGCGAUGCGCGUGACCCGGCUGGCGAAAGCGCACGUGCAGAGGAUGAGUUUGCAUCGCUGAGUCGCCAACGUCUCCAGCUGAGCGACGCCAACCGGCAGUUGAGCAGCAAAGUCCGACAAGAAGAGCAAAAACAACCAGCUACGGAGGUAGAGUCGUGCAGUCCGCCCGCCGCCUUUCAGGGAGUCGCUCAACUUCAGGUCCAACUGCAGAAGGUCGAGGACUCCGAGCUCAAAGCGCGCGCCGAGUGCGAGCGCAUCAAGCGUUCGCUUAGCUCACUGCGGCGUCUCCAUGACGACAGCCGGCGCGAAUGCACCACCCUGGAGGAGGAGCUGCGACACUGCAAGGGCGAACUUCAACGUAUUCUGGGAGAGGGGGCACAGGGCCGCCCAAGCCCCCACGAGAACCCCCUCGUGUCGGCACCCGUGCUAGGCCUGAUUGCUAUUGUGGGCUUGAUGUGGUGCUGGUGGGAGGAGCUGGCGUCCUAGACGGGAGCAGGGCGACGCGGGAGGAUGCAACCUUGCAGCUGCAGCGGUGGCAGUCGCAGCCAUCUUUGUUCUGUUGCUCCCCAGUUUGACCCGAGUUUGACAAGAAGGGACAUUGCGGCCAUCCCGGAACCCUGCAGAUCCAAGCACAGAAUCUUGGAUCGUAAGCCUCCAUCCGUUGUCUAGGUCUUCACUGCGGUUGCAGGUUUGACUUCAGUUGAAAGGCCAGGUACGCCCUGGACCUGUCGCCAUCUAAUUGCAGGUCAAAAAUUGUGAAAACAAUGGACUGCUCGCCAGUCUAUGGACAGGUUGACAGUCAAUGUCAGCGCACAUAUAGACAAAUAGACUGGUCGCCAGUAAAUACUAGUAUGUCAGAGCACAUAAUACUGCACAUACAUGUAGUUAUUAAUGUUCAUCGAUUAUCAAUAUUGAACCGAGAGUGAGGGCACUUGUGGUUAAAGAGAGAUCUUAUAAUGUACGCUUUGAUGUAAAUGUAGCAUGCUUCCUCUUGUAUCUGAAUACCAACGCUGACUCGGCCAUCUGAUCGCACCUUCCGAUGAGGCUACAAGCUAGCAUGAUAAUGUAGCGAUGUUGUACUAAUGUCUUGUGUAAUAAAC